UAGCUUUCACUUUUCUUUUCGAGAUCACACACACACACACACACACACACACACACAAUCAGAGAUAAUACAAUAAGUGAAGGACAAUGAAAUGCAAACAAUGUUGCACAGUGGUAAAAGGAGCAGAGGGCAGCUGGUCGACCUGUCUUUACCCCAGGAACCGGUUAACAAUCUAAUUUAGGACAUCUUGGCAGGAAGUUGUCCAGAAGAUGGCGGAAAUAGGACACACAGUAUGUGUACGUGGGCUUCCCACCGAUAUGGACCACGAACGCCUUGAAGAUAAACUUCUGAUCCACUUUCUGCGCGAGCGUAACGGAGGAGGAGAGAUCUCCAAGAUCACCCUCAAAGCAGCAGAUCCCUGUGCCAUGAUCACCUUUGAAGAUAGCAGAGUUGCGCUCAGUGUGUGCAGUCAUAAACCACAGGUUUUAAAGGUGGACGGCAGGACGUAUGAACUUUCCCUGAGUUUUCCAUGGCAGGACUCACAACACCUGAACAAGGUAUUCCUCGAUGUGUGUGUGACCAUAGAUUGCAGCCAAUUUCCACUGGGUGAAAAGACUAUAAAAACUCUCACUGAAAAAUUUACAGACAUUGGGGUACAUUACAUUAAGCCACUGAGGCACUGCACAUUAAAGGGACCCUACUCAGUGGUUAAUUAUGUUAUUACUCACUUGAUAGAGCUCCUUGUAGACUUUGUACCUCCAACUGAAGAAAGUUCGUCCUUUGCGCAAGAAAUUGAGGGAGCUUAUUCACAUCAGAAAGAAAAACACAACCCUCUGCACCAACCACAUGGACUUGAUGUUUCUUUGCAUCAGGAUUCCGGGUAUCCAAGUCCGAAAGUGAGCAGCAUACAACUGUCACAGACACAAACAUGCUCUGAUGAGAGGACAAAAGAUUGGAUAGAUGCACUGGAUGUGGAAGCAUUGUCUCUUAUCAUGGAGGCAGAUGUAUUUGCAUAUCUAUGUAGUAGAAGUGAGGAGUACAGGACUAUAUUACAAAACCAUGGGGUGUAUGUGGUUGAUGUCACAUCUGCAGGAGUCUCUACACUGUACUUGCAAACCAAUGCAAACAGUGAGACAGGAUCCAAAGCAGAAAAACACUUGAACCAUGCUCGCAAGGAGCUGAGUCAGCUUUACCAGAAGAUGGAGGGUAAUUUGCGAAGAGCUCAGAUUCCAAGAAGUGCCCUUAACUUGCAUGGAGAGCAAAAUGCAGCAUUUAAGGACUUAGAGUCAUUACUUCCCAAAGUGUUGCUCAACUUUGAUCAGACCCACAUUUAUAUCAUAGGUGAGAGCAGUGAUGUCUCUCAGGCCAAACAGAUACUUCUGUUCGGUUCAUCUGAUGAGAACUUGAGAACAAAACAAGAGACCUCACUUCAGUCAUCUCCUCUUACUCCCCAGUUUCUGAAUCAGAGAAAAUUCAGAAGGCUGGAACAAGCAGAGAAUCCAAUUCUGUGACCCUUAAAAAGAGAAUCUCGGAUGCUGAGCGAAGAUUGAAGAAUGGAGAGGAAUACAAACUAGCUGCUCGAUUUAAGAACUCUGACAUAGGCUUACUGGGGUAUGGCCCUGUAGAAAAAGGGAGAAGUAAAGAUUCUCAAGAUUUAACCCAAGGUAUUAACACACCAGCACUGGCACCAAAUUUCACCCCAUGUACAGAAAAUGCAGUCAGUAGUGUCCAGGCCAGGGCUUCUCAGGUUAGUGCUUUUAAAGUAAGUGGUGUAAAUAAUGAAGAUAUCUUAAAUGAGGUUAGUAGAACAAAUUCUGCAAGUUGUACCUCCAGAGUAACACUUGCUUUCAAAGGUCCACUCAGCACACAUGUGAAUGCCCAUUCAGGGCUCGGGAAAAUGGGCAAGACAACAGGAUCUACAGUAGAGUCUACAACUACUGCUAUGUCUACCUUAAAAAGGACAAAUAGUUGUUCAGGCCGGCCAGUACAAAAACAGGAGACACAAAAGCCUGGGACUAAUGAUAAUUCAGGUCUUGCCACAAAUUCCAUUAGAAGACAAAGAUCCACAAGCCUUAAUUGUAGGAUAUCUGCUGAGGCACUUCCAAGCAGCAUUGUAUCCAAAGCAAUCACUGUACCUACAUUAAUGUGGAGUUAUAUAAAACAAAUAUAUCACUCUGAAAUAAAUGUUCUGAUCUCUGAUGUACAAGUAUCUGAGAACAUAGUUGACAAAUAUAAGACUAUGGUUAUUCUAAAAGGAUCAGCAUCAUCCAAGGUUGAAGAAUGUCAGCAGGAGCUCCAGAAGCUAGUUGAUUCGAUAGGUUUAGACUUUUAUGUACAGAAACUUAAAGUAGCAGAUUUAGGUGCGACAGAAGGUGAUGAUAUGUUCAAGGAAGGCUGUUUGGACAUAUGUUCAUACUUCAGCAAAAUUGUACUGCUGAAUGUGAAGGAUGAUAUUUCACUGUUGGGGCCCAGAUCACAGUGUUCCCAAGCCAAGGAGAUGUUGCAAGAACUGUUUCCUAAUAGAUUUUUAAACUCUGGAUCUUUUGUCCAUACCUCCAUCACCCAUCAGGAAAGUACAGAUCAAAGACAAGCAAAGGCAUCAAGUAACCAGGCACCAAUUAAAAGCAAUGAUCAGACCAGACCAAAUCAGACCAAAGCUAAUAGUGAGAGUUCUGCAAAAUGCAGAAUUAAAGGAUACAAAUCUGAGUCCAGAAAUGUAGCUUAUAAGGAAACACCGAUGCCAGUUGCCAACGAAAUGCAGAAGGCGGCUUCAGAUUUGGAAAUAAAUAAGACUGGCCCAUUACCAGGCAAAUCAUCUGAGGUAAGUGGAGUGCUGUCGGGACUGAGGGAUAACUGGCAGACGGCAUCAUCCCUGACAACACAGAAAAGCCAAAAUGCAACUACAUUGGCUUUGAAACAAACCAACGUGCCAAUCAGUAAACAGUUGGAAUCUUGUGUGUGUGGAGAGAACGGCACACAAAGAAGCUGUGGUGUUUUUCUAUGUUCCAACUGUAUUCGACUUCAUGCUCAGUGUAUGGUGUGCUCUAAAGCGAAUGCAGCCAGAAACCCAUCAAUGGAAAUGCAAGUUCAUCCACUCAAAGAGGAGCAGAAUACGAAAGAGCUCAAAGGAAACGAAGCCGGCAUAAGACAAAAGCAGAAAAAAGGCAUUCAUGGCGCCAUGAGUUGUACAGAGUUGUCCGUGAGCCUGCCUGGCUACGAGCAAUACAGAACAGCCAAGAUUACCUACUGUAUACCUGAUGGCAUCCAGGGAGAUGAACAUCCAAACCCCGGGUUACCAUUCCAGGGAGCUGUAUUUGAAGCCUAUUUGCCACUUAGUUCACAGGGGCAGGAAUUACUGCAAUGCCUGGAGAAAGCAUUUAAGCAAGGGUUUACCUUUACUGUUUGCCCAAGUAACAAUAAUGACAGAGCAAAAAUAACCUGGAGCAGAAUCCCGCACAAGACCAACAUCACUGGAGGGAAGAGUAGGAAUGGAUAUCCUGAUGUCAAAUAUCUUAAAGACUUGUCUGAGGCAUUGAGGACUUGUGGGAUUAAGGGGGUUUAAGUAACAUUUGAAUACCUUGACUUCAACAGCAACCCCACUCCUUUUUUUUUUUUUAAAUGUAAUUAAGCUUACAAAUGUUUAUAUCAAAUCAAAAGUAUUUCCGAAUGUAAUAUAUGUUGUAUUAUAAAAGAAAAUACAAAAUUGUAGCAGUUAUGACAAAUUCUUGAAGGCAUUUUCUUAUCAUUUGUUUAAUAAACAAAAAACUGUAGUUAUACUGUAUACUGGUGUUACUGUAAGUAGUCAGCUCAUAUUCUGUCUCAUACGGUAUAUUCAAGUAAAGGUUUUGGGUUUUUUUUACACCGAAAAAUAGAGCGUUAAAUCGAUGCCUUGAACCUUGAGACAAUCAUCGACUUGUCAAUAAAUUUUGCUUUGUAAAAAUA